CGUGCUGUUGUAGGUGCUAUUUCGGAAUUCUUCCAUGUGGUGGGAGCUGGAAAAUCACGCGAGCGGUACACCUGCGAAAAAGUGGUAUGUCAGGGAUCGUGUGCCGGCUAGUUUCUGCUGCCUCGAAAAGCAUCACCGACACAGGUUUCUCUCUUGAGAUACACCAGCCACGAUUGAGACUUGUAUGCGUUGUAAACGCUAAAAGAAGUUUCAGUUUGUGUUUCCGACCGUUUGCCAGCAUGAAUCCAAAGAAAAACCUGGCAAAUAAGACCGUCUGUGCUAGGAAUUCUCAUCAGGUACUUUACUCGUGGACAGCUCUGAGUCCGUGCAUGCAUGUCUCCUGUUGCUUUUCAAGGGAAGUCUGGUUUCCCGUUUUCGUUGUUCAUUGUGUCCUUCAACUUGUUUUUCUCCUUUGUUUCUUUGGUUCUCGUCCGAAGAAUUACCGCAGAAAGUCUUUUUUUCCCGCGGUCGGUCCGGAAACGAACACGUUUUGACUCGAGAGUCCGGUACGGCGCCUGUCGGAAGAGUGACUUUCCUGUCUGUAGACACUCUCAACUUGUAGAACGGUCACUUCCUCGCCUCCAUGGUUGAUUCCCAAGCUUUCUCCAGAUCCUCGCAUAGGUCUGCUGCUGAAACGACGUCGGUCGGCUUUUGUCGUUCUUUUUUCCCUCGCUCUUUCUCUUCCGUAAAAUUCUAUCUGGCGACGAGGAAAGCGGACGCUGCUGGGGCUGGACAGAGCUCGUUUCUGGCCACAGAGAAGCGCAGAGAAAACGGACAGAGCUCUUUGACGUUUUUUCUUCAUCUGCCGCGGUUCAGCUUCAGUUUUUCUGUGUUGUGCACCUUUCCCUCCCCGCUGAUAUGUCGCCGGUCGGCAAAAGCUCAAUAGGGCGACGGAAAACCCCCAGGAUCUGCAGUUUUCAGUGAAGAGUUUACAACGUCCAUCCCACACAGUCCCAUGUUUGAGGACUCGUGAAAAGUCUGCACGCAUGGAAACUCGGUUUUCCGCGAAAGCAGCUGGAGAAAGUUUGGCGCGUGCCGACUCGGAGCGCCUCGAGUUUUCCGUUUUUCUGGCUCCAAUGGGAGAAAUGCUUUGUUUCGUCAGUUCCCGUCUCCGUCUUGUCGGCGCUUGAACUGUUCAUCUGGUUCGUCAAAAAGGGAAGAAGUGUGUCGGUUUCAACAGAAGAAUCUUCGCAGUCAAGGGGAGUGAGAAGCGCCACUCCUCUCUGCGUGGACACUGAUUUCUUGUUUUCACGGGUGGUUGAGGUUGGGGACCUUGUUCUAGAAGAAGGAAAUUAGACGCUGCGCAGGGGGUGUGGUGGAGUGAUUUGCUUGUUGUUUGUCCGGAAAAUGGAAGAAAAUGUCUCUGGCUCGGAGGCGAGUGCGAAAGCGGACCCCCCAGUGAUCGAGGUCGCGGGUGUGUCCGUGAGGUCGCUUCCCCCCCGCCCACACACGCGGAAACACCACAGACAACCUGUCGAUUUGGACGGUUGCUUUUCGAACACAGACACUCACACUGUUCCCUUUUCCUCUUCGCGAGAUAGAGAGACCCAAAACCCUGCACACACGGCUGUGUCCUUAGCAAAACCUCCCGCACCAUUCGAGCAUAGUCCCUGUCGGCCAACAGACCAGCCGCGCAGUUGCGUAGAGCCCUCAGACUCACUCGCUUCGACUGUAGAAAGUGGAGAAAAGUCCAUGGAAGGUCGUCAAAACGCGGGAAUUCCUGCUCCGGCCGCGGACACAGACAGACGUUGCGGGUUCGAGUAUCUGGACCACACUGCCGAUGUCAUCAUCCACGCCUGGGGUUCGUCGCUCGGAGAAGCGUUUGAAAGAGCAGGACAGGCGCUCUUCCACUACAUGACAGAUACUGGGCGCGUGGAGGCGCGCGAGCGGCGAACGAUCGACGUUUCAGGGAGAGACUUGGAAGACUUGCUUUUCCACUUUCUCGAUGAAUUGCUUUUCCUCUACGGAAGUGACUACUUCGUAGCACGCAAAGUCUCUGUCACUGAACUCGACUCCGCAAAUGGACGCCUCGUCUGUGAGGUCGCGGGCGAACGCUUUGACCGGACGAAGCACUCACAGGGGACAGAGGUCAAAGCGAUCACAAUGCACGAAAUGAAAAUCUGGCGAAAGCCGCAGAGAGAGGCUCUAGGGUCCGAAGGGGGGGCAGAAACAGACAGAGAGACAAGGGGUGAGAAGCCUGUCGAAGUUUUUGUCCUCGUGGACAUUUAACGGCUUCAACUGUCUCGCUUCUUGCAGACACUCAACUUGUUAAAACUUGUACUUUUUGCGUGUCGGCUUCCCUUUUCUGUCUUUCCGGUUCCCUGUUCGCUCCAUUUCAAGGACUUCUCUGAGCUAAUUGAAGGAAAGC